AGUCUGCAUAUAGUUUACCUUGUCGGGUUCGGUUCUUUAACAAAGUACGUGUCUAUUAACACGUAGUCCACAGUUCAAUUAAGAGGUUUCAUAUAGGAGGGAGGAUAACCCAAUUCCUUUUAAGUUCUCGUUGAUAUUUCAUAAUUAUCUUGUUUAUGAAACAUUUUUUUUUUUCAAAACAAAAGUUCUUGUUGAUGAAACAUUAAUUGUUUCCUUAACUUGAUCAAACAUGGCAGAUAGCAGAUUAAUGAAUUACAAAACACCAUUGAUAGUCUUUACAUCUUUGCUUCUUCUUGUUAUUCUCUAUCUUUCUCCUUAUAAUAAUCACAACUUCAUCAUCAACAAGGACUUCGUCUCUUCUAAUAUUACUUCUUCUACUAAUUCUUUCACUCUAAAUCAAAAUCCACAAGAUAAUGGAACUCUUUCUACAAGUUCCACCAGCACUUCUGAUAAUACCCAUAUUAGAGAGAAACUUACUAGUUCGGAGAGAAUUGAAGAUGACCUUGCAAGAGCAAGGGCGGCCAUCCGGGUGGCAGCUCAAACCCGUAAUUACACAUCCAACAAAGUGCAAGAUUUCAUUCCAAGAGGACCAACUUACAGGAAUCCACACGCCUUUCAUCAGAGCUAUAUUGAGAUGGAGAAAACAUUCAAAAUUUGGUCAUACAAAGAAGGGGAACUACCUUUGGUACACAACGGGCCGCAUAGUUACCUAUACUCGAUCGAAGGCCACUUCAUUGACGAAAUGGACAGUGAGAAAAAUCCAUUCGCAGCACAAAGCAUGGAUGAAGCUCACGCAUUCUUCCUUCCCUUCAGUGUAACCAAUAUGGUUAGCGCUCUAUACAAACCUCCUUCCGGUAUUCGUGUACCUUAUAUUAAUGUAGUUACAGAUUACGUUCGUGUCGUUGCCAACAAAUACCAAUAUUGGAAUAGAAGUACCGGGGGUGAUCAUUUUAUGGCUUCAUGCCAUGAUUGGGCAGCUGCUGUAACAAGUGAAACGCCUGAUAACCUAUUCAAGAAUGUCAUCAGGGUUCUUUGCAAUGCUAAUUCAUCCGAGACUUUUCAACCUAAAAGAGAUGUAUCGUUGCCAGAAAUAAGCCUUGUAACUAGAACUCUCGUCACAUCAACGCAGUCUCGUGGAAGUGGUUCAAAUCACUCGAUUCUUGGCUUUUUUGCCGGUGGAGCUCAUGGACCCAUAAGAAAGAUGCUUAUUGAGCACUGGAAAGACAAAGAUGAUGCAUUACAAGUUCAUGAAUAUCUUCCCAAGGGAACGGAUUAUGGUGAGUUAAUGGCUAAAACCAAAUUCUGUUUAUGUCCCAGCGGAUACGAAGUUGCAAGUCCUAGAGUUGUUGAGGCGAUCCAUGCAAGUUGUGUUCCUGUGAUUAUUUCCGACCACUAUGUUCUCCCCUUUAGUGAUGUACUUGAUUGGAGCCAAUUUUCGGUACAAGUUCCAAUGGAAAAGAUACCGGAACUGAAAUCUAUAUUACUAGGGAUAUCGGAUGAGAAGUACCUUAAACUGCAGAAGAGGGUUAGACAAGUUCAACGACAUUUUACUAUAAAUCACCCUGCAAAAAGGUUUGAUGUCAUCCACAUGAUACUUCAUUCUGUUUGGCUAAGGCGGCUAAACUUUCGUCUGCCAGCGUAGAUAUACAUAGCUUUGUAAUUGUAAUUCCUAUACAUUCAAUUUUGUACACAACAAAAUUCUGUUUUGGUACAAAUCUCAAUGAAAGCAAAAUUGUGUA